AGGCUGGAUGUACCUGGCACCCAACGGGACUGUGCCAGUGGAUGCUUCUUCCCCCAGGGACCUUUCUUGAGGGGGAGAGCUGAACAGCUCCAUGGGCAGGGAGCCAGGAGCAGAGUGGGGGGGUUCAGAGUACCUCCUGCUCCAGCACUUACACCCCCUUUGCUGUUUUGCAGGGUUUUUAAGAAAGCCAGUCCUAACGGGAAGCUCACUGUCUACCUUGGGAAGAGGGAUUUUGUGGACCACAUCGACGUGGUGGACCCCGUGGAUGGAGUAGUCCUGGUGGACCCUGAAUACCUGAAGGAGAGAAAAGUCUUUGUGACAUUGACCUGCGCCUUCCGCUAUGGCCGUGAAGACCUGGACGUCCUGGGGCUCACCUUCCGCAAGGACCUGUUUGUGGCCAACUCCCAGGCUUUCCCCCCUGUCCCUGAGGACAAAAAGCCGCUGACACGGCUGCAGGAGCGGCUCAUCAAGAAGCUGGGCGAGCACGCCUACCCCUUCACCUUUGAGAUCCCCCCCAACUUGCCUUGCUCUGUCACGCUGCAGCCAGGCCCAGAGGACACAGGGAAGGCCUGUGGGGUGGACUACGAGGUCAAAGCUUUCUGUGCUGAGAACCUGGAGGAGAAGAUCCACAAGAGGAACUCAGUGCGCCUGGUGAUCCGUAAGGUCCAGUAUGCACCAGAGAGACCCGGCCCCCAGCCCAUGGCAGAGACCACCCGGCAGUUCCUCAUGUCAGACAAGCCACUGCACCUUGAGGCAUCCCUGGACAAGGAGAUCUACUACCACGGGGAGCCCAUCAGUGUCAACGUGCAUGUCACCAAUAAUACCAACAAGACCGUGAAGAAAAUCAAGAUCUCAGUGCGCCAGUAUGCCGACAUUUGCCUCUUCAACACUGCCCAGUACAAGUGCCCAGUGGCUGUGGAGGAUGCUGAUGACAUGGUGGCCCCGAGCUCGACGUUCUGCAAAGUCUACACCCUAACUCCCUUCCUUGCCAACAACCGGGAGAAGCGGGGGCUGGCGCUGGAUGGGAAGCUCAAGCACGAGGACACCAACCUGGCCUCCAGCACACUGUUAAGAGAUGGAGCCAACAAGGAGAUCCUGGGCAUUAUUGUCUCCUAUAAGGUGAAGGUGAAGCUGGUGGUGUCACGAGGAGGCCUGCUGGGAGACCUCGCCUCCAGUGAUGUUGCAGUGGAGCUGCCCUUCACACUGAUGCAUCCCAAACCCAAGGAGGAACCAGUACACCGGGACAUUCCAGAGAAUGAAGCACCCAUAGAUACCAAUCUGAUAGAGCUCGAUACAAACGAUGAUGACAUUGUGUUUGAAGACUUCGCCCGCCAGCGACUGAAAGGCAUGAAGGAUGACAAGGAGGAUGAGGAGGAGCGGACAAAUUCCCCACAGCUCAACGACAGAUAAGCGAGCCCCCCCUGCUCGCCACCCUGCCCCAGGGACACCCCUACAUUAGGCUGCUUCUCUUUUCUAUAAUUAAUUAAUUAAUUUUGUUUUCUACCUGUACUGGGAGCCUACAGAUCACCUGAUGGCCACAGGACCUAUAACCGUCCAGCUGUGCCGUGUUGUCUCUUCAUCCAGCUGCCAGAGCUGCUGUUUCCUGUGCAGGGCAUGGCCAGGGGGGUGCUGGAGGCAGCAGGGCUCACUGUAACCCCAUCCCUGUCCAGCCUCCUGCCACUUACCAGAGCCCUCUCCUAUGAGCUGCCUCUUUUAUGAGUUUUAUAUAAGCCCAGUCUCAACACCAGUUUGCUAUGGGGAGGGGGGUUGCAGCAGAAUGGGGGGGUGGGUGGUUUUUUUAGGCAGCCUUCUCAUGGGAAAAGGCACCUGUGCACUUCGGUGUCCCCUCCUUUCACCCAUGGCCAGUCCCCCUCUGUCCGGCCCUGCUGCAUGUGUUCCCUCCCUGGGAUGCAUGAGCCUGGCUUUGACUUUGGCCCCUGCCCCAGCUGCUCCAAAGGGGGUGGGCAGCACCUGCCCUUCUCUUCCCCCAAGUCCCCUCAAAGUGGCCAACCCCAGGGGUCCUCCCAGCUGCAUCAGUUUUCACACCAGUAUAAUCUCCCUGGAGGAAACCAGCUCAGAGCUGGGAGCUGCUGGGGCCAGGUUAAGGUGGCAGAGGGGACACUGUGCAUCUGUGCCAUCAGUCACACACUGUUUGGUCUGGGAGAGGCUUCAAAUGCCCCUUCACAAUGGCAGCGUUGUGGCGGAAUAGCCUGGUGCCCAGUAAAAUAUUGCCAGGGCUACUUUUGUCCUGCAAAAAGC